CCUUAUAUUCUUCUCUUCUCCGGAUCCCUCUAUGCUUUAAAAUGUCAGAUCCUUUUUAUAAGUAAUCCCUUGAUUCCCUUUCCUUAAUGUAUAUAUAAGACUACUUUAUCAACCCUUAAGCCUAAAACAAAAAAUGAUCAGCAAAACUAAGACUGAUAACUACUCGGACAAAAUGCAGAAGUGUCUGGAUUAUCUCGAAUCUCUAGAAGAAGAGCGUCGCAAGAUUCAAGUGUUCCAGCGAGAGCUUCCCCUCUGUCUAGACCUCGUUUCUCAAGCGAUUGAGAAAUGCAAAAAAGAUUUUUACAGUCCGAAGCAAUUAUCUGAAUGCACAGAGCAGGCAUCAAGUGAAGGACCAGUUUUGGAAGAAUUCAUGCCUAUAAAAAGAGCAGCUUCUUCGAACGAGGAUGAACAAGAACCACAUUUUAAAAAAGCUAAGAAUGUCAUGACUGAUAAUAACCGCAGUGAAAAAUCAUUGAAGAAAUCAGAUUGGCUUAGAUCUGUGCAGCUAUGGAAUCAAACUCCAGACUCUCCCAUUACCAAAGAGGACUCACCGCAAAAACUGUCGGUUGUGGAGGUGAAUAAAAAUGGCAAUGGGGGUGCUUUUCAUCCUUUUAAAAGGGAGGAUAAAAAAUCUGAAGAAACACCGGUAGCUGCGGCUGCAAGCUCCACGGAGGAAGCUGGUGGCAGCAGUGGCGGUUGUAAGGCGGAAGAUAAAGAAGAUCCGCGACGAAAAGCUAGGCGAUGUUGGUCACCUGAAUUGCACAAGCGGUUCUUGCAAGCUCUUCAGCAACUCGGUGGUGCUCAUGUUGGAACACCGAAACAAAUUAGAGAACUAAUGAAGGUUGAUGGGCUAACUAAUGAUGAAGUUAAAAGUCAUUUGCAGAAAUAUCGUUUACAUACAAGAAGACCUAGCCCUUCAAGCAACAAUGCACAAGCACCUCAGUUCGUGGUGGUCGGAGGAAUUUGGAUGCCUCCGCCACCAGAAUACACCGCCGCCGCUACUACCGAAGAAGCAGGUCUGAUGAUCAGGUCUUCAAAUGGAAUUUAUACACCAAAAGCUACACUGCCAAAGAUCCGAAGGCAACCAAGUGAAGCAGAUUAUUCUGAUAAAAAUGGAAGCUACAAUCAAACUAGAAGUCGUUCUAAUUCACCAGAAUCUUCAUCAUUUUGACCUUUACGAGCUAUAAACAGAUCAUUACUGUGGUGCAAAUAAUUUUGUGGCAAAUAUUUACGGCGACUACAUUUUUUUUGACGUAAAGAAGUAGAACACAGACUUUAGAGUAUUAACUUACUUUGUGUUAAUGUUUUUUCUUCCAUAAAGUUACUAGUUCGUAAAAUUUGACCGUCUGAUACGGCGGUAAUAAUUUUAAUAAAGUGAUAUAUAUUCGUGAUUCUACAAAAUAAA